GUGAUGGGAGUUCAGGAUAGUUAAUACUCAGAGGCAGCGGGGCACUUUAUAGAUUAUCCAUGCCCUUAUUAUAUAUACCUACAUGACUUUGCCUGAAAAUCUGUCAUCAAGGCUCAGGAGCAGGUCUCAAGAAGCAACAUAGACUUGGAAAGAUGGGAAUGGCAUCCAAGGGAGAAAACCAGAAUGAGGACUGCAAGCAGACAACGCAGGCUGAGAUUCCAUUAGACACUGAGGCCCAGUUGCUGGCACUGCAGACAUCAGCCAGAGAAGGUUUGGAACACGUGAACAAAACGAAAGAGAAGAUCUCUAACCUCAACCAAGUGAUCAGGAGGCAAUGGAAUGAAAUCAAGCUGGUAAAAUCCCGGUGUGGGGAGCUCCAGGACUCCAUUGACACCACCAAACGACUUGAGAGGAUAUCUCUGAAGGUCACUUGGAGCAAACUAUCUGAGCUGGAAAGUGACUUGAAGAAGGCUGAAGAAGACACUGCCCGGCACCUGAAGAAGUUCCAGUUGAUGAGUAAAGAUAUAAAGACCAGCUACCUGAAGAAGACAAAAAGUGAGCUGCUCAGGAUGGUCAACAUUCCUCCAAUUGACAUCUAUGCAAAUCCCUAUGCUCAGGCCUUAGCUGCAUUAGAGUUGGAGGCUGGUGUUGGACCUGAGACCUCUCCUGAAAUCAAAAACGUCAAUGUUAGCUCUAACAGUGAAAAUGCAGUUAAGGAUUUGGAUGGGUUGGGGAUAAAUAUGAAUGACUUUGAGUCAAGAGGGGCAGAGAAAGGCCAGGGGGAGAAUCUGUCUACUUCACAAGGGCAGUCAGAAUCUAGGGUUGACAACGUCCUCAUGGGAACGGAAAUGAGUGAGGAUGACUCGGACAGCAGAAUCAGCAGUAGCUCUUCAAAUGUGAAAAGUAGUGAGAAAGACUCAGAAUGUGAAGUUAGUGAAAAAUCUUUCAGAGUCAAAAGCAGUGGGAGUGACUUGGGAGCCAGAGCCAGUGAAAACAAGGGUCCCUCGGGAGUGAAAAUGAAUAGAAGUAACUCAGGAGUUAGAAGCAGUUCCCCAGAAGUCAAACGCCUUCAGAGUCCCUCAGCAGUUAAAAGGAUCAGGGCUAACUCAAUGAAAUGCAGUGGGAAAACCUUGGGAGUCAAAAUCAACAAGAGUGAUUCAGGCCUCAAAAAUAAGAAUGGCUCCCCCAGAGGAAGAUACAGUGAGAACCUUUUGGAAGUCAAAAGUAGUGAGAGCGACUUGGGAGUCAAGACUCCCUCAGGAGUCAAAUCCAGCAAGAAUCGACCAGGAGUCAAACACACUGGGAGUUCUGCAGGAGUCAAGUCUGGUGGGAACCCUUCAGGGGUUAAACAUGGUGGAAGCCCCCUAGAAGCCAAACAAAGUGGGAGUCUCUUGGGAAUCAAACCAAGUGAGAGCUCCUUGGGAGUCACGGGAACUGGGACCAUGGCAGUGGUCAAAGCUGGUGGAAGCCCCAGCACAGCCAGACCCAGAGAGAACAUCCCAAGAGUUAGAGAGAGUGGGAAUCCCUUGAGAGGCAGACAAAGUGAAUUCACUUCAGGAGUCAAACAGCGAGAGAGAGUCUCAGGAGACAAAAGAAAUGAAAAUUCCUCAAGACUCAAACUCAGAAAGGGGCCCUCAAAGGUUAAAGUUAGUGGGAGCCUCUUGGGAGUCAAAAUCACUGAGAUUCCCUCAGGAGUCAAAAUGAACAAGAACCCCGCUGGAGUCAAAGGCAGCAGAUGCCCCCCAGGAGUCAAAAGCCAGGACAGCUCAGCGGGCCGGGUCAAAUCUGGUGGGAGCCUCUCAGAAGGCAAAGUCAGUGGCAGCUACUUGGAGGUCAACACUACGGCCAAGACUGACCAGAAUAGUGCCGUGGGUCCAAGUGUACAAAAGUCACAUUCCAAAUAAGAGAGGACAAAGCAAAAGUCCCUCGCCUGUCUCUGUUGAUGAAAGUCAUUCUUUAUGACUUUCAUCAGACCCUUUCCUUUUGACAUUUGUUUGAUCAUUUCGACUGAAGUCAGGUAAGAAACUCCACCAUAUUCACCAAAUCACUUUAUCUCUUGUCCUGUCCCCACAGAGGAUGGGGCCAUCCCCUAGGCCACAUUCCUUAAGAGUUGGCUUCCCUUUACUUCACUCUACUCAGAGAAGACUACCUAGUGCCCUGGCCUCAGGAUCCUGGUUGCCAAGAUGUUCAGCUUCCUAGCUAGCCUCAACUCCCUUUGUGUAGUGUAAA